GGGAGGUUCAUUUGCAUCAAUGAAUUGCUAUUUUUUGGAUAAACCUAUUGAUUGGUAUGCGUUUGAAUGUUGCUACGAACUGGACGACAUUUUUCCAAUUUUUGAUGACACACGUAAAAUUAACAUCGAGGAUCAGUUUCAACGUGCUAUAUCUUCAAUGAAGCAAAGCUUGUCCAAAUGUGAAAUUUUUAUAGAAAACGCGUUUGUUGAUGACUCUUUAUCAUUGGAAGAAUUUGUGACUAUCAAUCGUAAAAACGUAGCUAAUGAAAACUAUAAGGCAACUUUAUUUCUGCCUGUCAAGUGUCAUCAAGGUAGCGAAAACUUUAUUAAAGUAAGAAAAUUCAAAGGUACCAUUCGCCUUACUGGCGUUAUUUCUUCGCGUAUAUGGUGCACUAAAACCAAUGUUUUGGGCGAUGUUAAGCGAUUUUUGCGGAACGACAUAUUACGUUCAUUGGCGGCACGUAUCCAAGUUUACUGCGAUGGUUUGACCGAUCCUCAUGUUAGCAACGAUGUUAUUUUUAUAAGUGAACCCCCACGGCGCAUAUUUUUUAACAUAUUCGUCGAUGGAACAAUUAAUGCAAUACAAUUUUCAGAAUACAUAUUUCGAGGAGAAGCUCCAACUGUAGCUGUUGCGCAGGCUAAACAAGUUCUUGAUUUAGACGUCAGUUCAGAGAAUAUAGUGACAGACAUGGAGGGCUUACCUGACGAUGAAAUAUUUAGUGACAGGUCAUUGUCAAACUUACAGAAGACUUCUACCCAACAAAUUGGCAAUUCAACAAAAUACUUAACAAGAUCAAUUUAUAUUUUGAGUAUUUCAUUAACGCUUUUGAUUCUUUUGUUGUCUGUUUGGAUGCAUUACUUCUUUCAUUGACUACAUUUGGAUAUGCACAUAUUUUAUUCUUUACACAUAAUUUUAAAUAAAUAGCAUACAGAAAUCUAUUAA